GCCCUUAUUUAGAGCUCUAAAUCUCCUAAGGACAGGAACCACCUGCCACCUGACAAGAGAGAAGUAACCUCCAUGCAUUUGUCCUUCUACCCUCAAGAGGGAUCCUCUUCAGCCCAGGAUGGUAUAGACAUAGAUUAUUUUGGAAACAAAGGGAUAGAUUGUGUGGCUUUCUAUCCCCUUUUUUCCUUUUCCCUUUCCACAUUCCUGGCUCUAACUUGGUUCUUUCUGUUGCCAUGGUAACCAACAGUCUCAGAACACAGACUUCUGACAGCUGGACUUUUAGCCACAGAGACUCGGGAUGUGGAGGAUUUCUCAUGUCUCCCCUUUUGCCUCAGGAGUUAGCAGCACUUCUUCCAUCUUCUCGAGUUGAGAGAGAUUUGUGCCUUUGAACUCCAUGGCAUAUUCAUCCUCUAACAGCGACAUAGAGGACUACAGCUCCAAAUCCAAUUCCAACCUGAGCCUCUCUGUGGGCUAUUUCCCCUGUGAGGACACCCCCUGUGAGGACACAACCUCCUGUGAAGACGCAACUUCCAAGGAUCCUUCCAUCCACUUUCUCCCUCCCAUCCAAGGGGCAUGGGGAACUGAAAGGAUAAGGAGAUGCAUGAAGAGACAAGACCAAAUUCAGGAUGAACCAGAGCAGUUUUGCAAACUAAGCAUCUUCCUAGCCUGGGACGUGGACGUCAGCUCCAACAACACAGACUCAAUAGCUAAUAGGCUUCUAAAUGGAGACAACCAGUGGAUAGAUGAGUUACCAAAAGAGAGAACAAAACUGUCUGUCAGCAAACUGAAUAAUCUUGUGCAAGAGUUUCAGACAUUUCUAGAAAAUCUGAAAGAUGAUGAAGAUGAUGACGCUGUAUUUCCUGAAAUGACUCAGAAAGAUUUCCAGCUGUCCAGCGGCUCCCCUCCGGAAAUGGUUCAGAUGAUAAGCCAGGCAACUGCCAGCCAAAGGACAAGAGCUCCAGAGAUCUCCUCAAUCCUGUCAGAGCAGCCGGAGAAGGAUGACACUCCUUCCCACACACAGGCCCAGUGCUGCCUGAACUUUGGGUGGGCCUUCAGCUGGCUGAGUCAGCAUAUCCUCUCCCCUCUGCUGAGGAGGGAUCACCCUGUGAAGGCCACCAAGAGUUCCCAUCGGCCAGCACCAAGGAAAGGACUCUUUCACAGAGGCAAGAGAAUUCAACCUCAAGAAACUCUUGAAUUAGGACAUCCCAUACAGACAGAUUUUUAAACUUUUUGGAAAGUUUAAGAUAAUCCAUAAUGAGGAUUCCAUUAAUAAUCCCCAUCAGUUUAUUUUUUUUUUCCUCAAUAAACAAAAUAAAUGCUCUUGUUACCCCA